GCUCCGCCUAUCAGCGCGCUCAGGCGCGGGGUCGCCCCGGCUCCCGCCAAAUACGAGCGGGAGCCGCCGGGGCAGGACCGGACGGGCCGGGGCCGCUCGGGGCCGCUCGGGGCCGCUCGGCUCGGCCUCGGCCGCCCCCGGGAAGGGCCGCGACGCCCCGCCAUGGCAGCCAUGGAGUGCAGAGACAAAGCCGUCGGCCCCCCGCGGAAGCUGGUGCAAGCCCGCCUGCCGUUCAAACGCCUGAAUCCCGUGCCGAAGGAGAAGUACGACGCGGAUCCCGAGGUCAAAAAAGUGAAGAGCUCGCAAAGCGGUUUCGGUCCGAGUAUGGAUCCCUCUGCGGAUGCGUCGCGUGCCUCCGUGGACAACGUGGAGAACGACUGCCAGCUGAACUCAGACGUGAAUUUUGUUCCCCAGCUUGUUAACGGAAAGGGUCCGUUAGAUCACUUUAUCCAGAAAAGCACGAAGGAUAGCACAGAUGAAAUGGUAGUCGCUAUUGACCCUGCAAAUGACUCUAGCCAUAGACUAAGCGAUGGUGCCGACUCUGUUGAUUCCAAAGCGUCGUCAUCCGUAGCUGUAACUAAUGGCACGCUAGGAAAAGAAACGAACGAACUGAGUUGCCCGAAUUCCACCCAGAAUAGCCCAACGGACGACUCAGUGGGGACUGAUGCGCAGCGUGAAGCUGUAGCAAGUAAAGAGGAAGAGUUGGUAGAUGGCAUCCAGUCUUGUUCUGGGUUAACGAAAUGCAACGACUUGGAAAACGCGAAGGUGAAUCAGGGCAAACUGAAGGAUAUCAUAUUUGAGGGGAAGAUGCCCGUAGUGCUCCUGGAGGAUAUUAUGACCGCCAGAUCUCCCCAGGUCACUUCUCUGGACGGAAGUGUCACAUCAGAGAACGAGACUGCGGAAUCAUCCUAUGAAGGAGACUCUGUACUUACUAAUUCCUCGUUAAGCUCUCCCUCUGUGAGCUCCCCCGAGGCACAGCCUGCUGCAGAACCCAAGAGAAAUACUAGUCCUUUAGCUUUCUCAACGCCUGUUAGGAAGGUACCUCAGAAAUUCCACAAAAGCUCUGCGGAGAAGGAGAAGCUGAGAUUGCAAAGAGACCAGGAGCGUGCCGACAAGCUGCAGAAGCUACAAGCGGAAAGGGAGGAAAAGGGAAGGCUGAAGGAAGAGGCAAAAGCCGCGAAAGAGCGAGCCAAGGAAGAGGCAAAGAAGAAAAAAGAGGAAGAGAAAGAGUUGAAAGAGAAAGAAAGGAGAGAAAAGAAAGAAAAAGAAGAAAAGGAAAAAGCUGAGAAGUUGAGAGCGAAGGAAGAGAAACGCAAGGAGAGGCAGGAAGCUUUAGAGGCAAAACUUGAAGAGAAGAGAAAGAAAGAAGAGGAGAAACGGUUAAAAGAAGAAGAAAAGCGUAUUAAUGCACAGAAAGCAGAGAUUACAAGAUUCUUCCAGAAACCAAAGACUCCGCAAGCCCCAAAGAUUCUUGCUGGCUCUUGUGGAAAGUUUGCUCCUUUCGAAAUUAAGGAGAACAUGGUCUUAGCUCCCCUCUGUCGUAUUACCCUUGAUUCAGACCUCUUAGAACAGCUGGAUCAGCUCCUGCGCGCACAGAAUAGCGAAGUUUCUUUCUUGAGAGACCUGAAGUGUCGUAAAUCUCGUAAAACUGGACCUACUUUUGUCAAUAACAGUACUGACAUAGUAAACAGCGAUGUGGUGGUAGUGGCUAACUGCAAAACAGAUGCUGUUCCUGAAAGGGGGAAGUUUGGUAGAAUGAAACUUCUGCAGUUUUGUGAGAAUCACCGUCCUGCAUACUGGGGCACUUGGAACAAGAGAACCACUAUGAUCCGUCCCAGGAAUCCUUGGUCAAAGGACUGCAAACUACUGGACUACGAAGUAGAUAGCGAUGAAGAGUGGGAAGAGGAGGAACCUGGAGAAAGCCUUUCCCAUAGCGAAGGGGACGAUGAAGAGGAGGGAGAGGAUGAAGAUGACGACGAUGGGUUUUUUGUACCCCAUGGGUACCUAUCUGAAGAUGAAGGAGUGACAGAAGAGUGUGAUCCAGAGAAUCAGAAGGUCCGUCAAAAGCUGAAAGCAAAGGAGUGGGAUGAACUGAUGGCCAAGGGGAAGAGGUUUCAUGUUCUGCAGCCUGUGAAAAUUGGCUGCGUCUGGGAAAGCGCAGAGAACGACAGCAGCACAAACGCAGACCUGAAGGUUCUCCAGCAGUUCACAGCAUGCAUCCUGGAUUUACCCCUUGCAGAGGAAGACCAGCAGAUACAAAAAUGUAGCAAAAAAAGAGCAAAAGAUCAACAAAUCCUCGGCCAGCUGCUGCCUUUGCUCCACGGGAACGUGAACGGGAGCAAAGUGAUCAUCCAGGAGUUCCAGGAGUGCUGCCGGCAAGGACUGUUCAGCGACGUGACCGCGGCUGCCGACUGCGGAGACACCAGCCCCGUGAGUCCCCACGCGUCCCGGCCGCAGACGCCUGUUGGCGAGGACAGCGGCGUCCCUUCCAAAGCCAGGCUAAAGCGAAUCAUUUCCGAGAACUCUGUGUAUGAGAAGAGACCCGAAUACAGGAUGUGCUGGUACGUCCACUCGGAGGUGCUGAAGAGUUUUGAUCAGGAGCACCUCCCUGUCCCUUGUCAGUGGAACUACGUCACCCAAGUCCCUUCUUCGGGAAAGGAGGACAGUGGCAGCGUGCCGGGCACGGCGCUUGUGCAGACCGCGCCUGUGCCGGUGAAGAGGAAGCCCACUGGAAGCAUGUGCAUCACGAAAUUCAUGAAAAGGCCCCGGGGUGCUGAACAGGCUGAAGCUAUGGACAUGGAUGGAUUUCAGGCGGACACUGAAGAAGAUGAGGAUGACGACGACUGCGUAAUUGUGGAUGUACAGCCAGGAAAAGAUUCUACGUUGGCAGUUACUGAAACAGCUUCAGCAUCCAGUGGCACAACUGCCGCUCCUCAGGACGUCAGCACGGUCAGCCCACCUAAUACAGUUUGAGACUUAAACGCCUACUAACUUCUCUGUAUGUAUGUAGAAUUACUUAGGAAAAUUUUAAACCUUGUGUAUCUGAACAAGAUACUUGAAAGUAUUCCAUAUUUCUUGUAAAGAGAAGACAGCACUUUGUUCUGCUUCAGACCAGAUGGAAGCUUAAAUUUUUAGCUUUAGUUUUUAGCUUAAAGAUAUUGCAUAUUAAUCUGUCCUUAAUAAAGCAUUAUUGAAAUUUUGAUACUUCUUUGUAAUGGAAGGUAUCUAAGUUAUCUCUAAAACUAGUGGAGGGGUUUUAACCUAAGCUUAUUGUGAUGCCUCUGGGGAAUUUCUCUGUUCAUAAUGUUGUAUAGCAUGCCCUUGGGUAUAAAUGAUGUACAAUUAUAUUUGAAUUUAUGC